AUUGUCAUAACAUGAACAGUAAUGAUUUGAUCUCAACUCACCUGUUCAUAAAAGUGAACGGUGGCAUCUACCUGGACACCGACAUGAUGAUCCUACGGCCAAUAGACGCUCUCCUGAACACCAGCCUCACCAUGGGACUGAUCGACAACGGCACGGGGAUGGGCAACGCUUUCAUUGUUGCUGAGAGGAAUUCAGAAUUUCUGCGAGAAUGGUAUUCAGGAUAUCGUCAUUACAAUAAAUCUCACAUCUUCGAGAACUCACUAUGGACCGCCAAACGUCUGUGGCUUAAGAACAAAGGGUCAGUUAACGAAAUAGCCGCAAUGAUGUACCGACCAAACUGGUUCGAGUCGGCUAAGUUGUUCAAACAAGCCGGUUAUGACUGGAAGUCUCGCUACGCGGUUCACGUCUGGCAUCGUCACGGGCAUGUGCCUGAAAACCCAGAGGAGAUGAACAAACUCAAUACUACACUGGGGAAAUAUUUAGGUUUGUGUAUUACGGCAGUGAAGAGAUGGUACAGUCAUGAAAUAACAUUGUUUAUUUCAUCGUUUGAUGUGUAACGCCGCACUCAACAAUAUUCCAGCAAUAUGGCGGCGGUCUGUAAAUAUUCAAGUCUCUACCUGACAACCAGUGAUCAACAUCUUGAGCAUCGUCUGUGAAAUUGGAAUAGGAUGACAUAUGUCAACCAAGCCGACGAGCCUGACGACCUGAUCCGUUAGUCGCCUCUUACGACAAGCAUGACAAGCACGACGGAUGUCAUGGCUGGUUCCCUUUUCUAGGCAAGAUCUGAAUAACAAGGUCACAGGCAUAACUGAACAUCGAAAAGCUGAAACAUUUCAGGUGUAACAGUAACUCACCUGUAUACUGCUGAACUUUGUUGUCACCUAUCGUGAGGCGUUUCUCAUGUAUAAACUGUUGUAUAUGCUCAUAAGUAUUGUAGGCUAAAAAAGAGUCUAUACACAAACCCAUCUACAUCUUUAAUGUGGGCAGAUGACAACCCACAAGAUGUUUCGGGGACACUAGCCGCCAGCUGUAUGUUCUAUUCUAUUUACAUUAAAGGUUACGCAUUAGGUACAAUGAGUGAGCAUGUUGUAAAGGUAUAUUCCAGGCAUUGUAAUCACAUAUUGUAAGAUGGGGAAUCGGACCGGAUUGCGUGACGAGCGAACGCAUAAACCAUUAUUCUACCCAACUGCCCCGUAUCAUUUGCACACGGACACUACUGACCAUGGAUAGGAGAAACGACGGAGAAGCUUUAUAAUUAAAGUGCGAAGAGAAACAGUUCAAAUGUACCUUUGUUCGGACAAUAUUUCAGUGUUUGUGCGAAAUACUACUAAACAAAUUGUGGGUGGAUUGGGAAUGUGUAACACCUUGAGACAACACGAGACACAGCGUCGUACAAAGAAUGGUAGCUUUAUUUCUUGAGUACUCUUGUGAGGUACGGCGAACACUUACUACACAACUUGUAGAGGCUACCAGGGCUAGGCGACGGGGUAAGGUUGACACUUGGGCAGUAGACGUCUGGACUGACCGGUCAGUUCGUCCCUUCAAGUCCCUGGCUUGCCUCUUCCGCUGGUCUGUCCACGCCCUUCCCGCUGUCUGCCCACUCUCAUUUACUUGCCUGUCCUCCCUGCUUUUAUAUGCACAUGAAUGAUAAACUAUUUGCUUAGCGUGCACAUAUUUUGACUAGUCAGCAGUUCCACUGGCAUGAUCUGCCUAGGUGGCCAUAUUUUGUUUAGCUAUGAGUGAGUGAGUGUGUUUAGUUUUACGCCGCGCUC